AUGAAUUUAUUAACCAAAAAUUAUAUUUUUGGAGAAGUUCAAUCAUGGGUGUAUUCAAUAGAAUGGCAAAAAAGAGGAUUGCCUCAUGCUCAUAUUCUAAUAUGGUUGAAAAACAAAAUCCAUGCAGAUCAAAUUGAUAAAAUUAUUUCAGCAGAAUUCCCAGAUCCUGAUGCAGAUCAAAUUUUAUUUAAUAUAAUGAAAAAACAUGAUACAUGGGCCAUGUGGAAACUUAAAUCCAAAAUGCCCGUGCAUGAAAGAUGGAAAAUGUAA